AUGUCUCCAUCUCAACCAUCACUGUCCGUGGCGACCGGCGACAAUCUGGAUUUUGCGUGGGAGCAGCUCUCCCCAGUCCCGUCAAAGACAGACGCAUCCCACGCCGAGGCCAUCCCCGACCGUGUGCGUCGUGUGGCGGCUGACCUCGACGAGCUGGACCUCUACUACAACCUCCCCAACGCGCCUCGCAGAUAUGCCAAAAUCAAGGAGUACUGCUCGUCCGAGCUCUCGAACAUCAAGGACCUUCCAUUCGACUCCCUUUCGCAGCAGGACAAGGUGGAUAUCGUCCUCCUGACACGCUUCCUUGAACAUCUCAGCCGCCAUCAGACCCUCGUAGAAGAGUCCCACCGCAAGGUGCAGCCGCUCGUCCCCUUCGAAUCCUCCAUCACGGCCCUGUGCGAGGCGAGGCAGGAUGGCCGAGUAAUGCAAGCUGAGCAGGCCGCCCACGACCUGGACGAGAUCCGAACCUCGAUUGUCCAAAUCCAGACUGACAUCCAAGCCGGUAGAACCACUGCCAGCAAGCCAACGGCUCACCAGGCUACCAAGGUCAUUGAGAAUUUGCGCGGACACCUUCAAGAGUGGUUCGACUUCUACUCAACCUACGACCCAGCCUUCGAUUGGUGGGCCACCACUCCUUGGCAGGCUGUUGACACAGCCCUUGCUGGCUACAUAGACACCAUCCUGUUUACCGUGGUUGGCAUCGAUCCGGGAAACGGUGGCCAUGAUCAAAUCGUCGGCGAGCCCAUCGGCCGUGCCAUGCUCCUGUCCGAGCUCUCCCACGAAAUGAUCCCCUACACCCCCGAAGAGCUCCUCUCCAUCGCCCACAAGGAAUACGAUCGCUGCCUGCUCGAGAUGAAAGCCAUCUCCAACGAGCUCGGCUUCGGCAGCGACUGGAAAAAGACCCUCGACCACGUCAAGACCCAAUCCGCCCCCAUCAGCAAGCAAACCGACCUCGUCCGCCACCUCGUCAACGAAGCCGCCGCCUACGUCCAGCACCACGAUCUCGUCACCGUCCCGCCCCUCGCCGCCUCCACCUGGCGCAUGUUCACCCUCACCCCCUCCCAGCAGCGCACCGCCCCCUUUUUCCUCGGCGGGCCGUCCAUCCUCGUCGCCAGCCCGGCCUCCUCCAUGGGUCAGCCCCUCAAGGCCGCCGUCCUCCGCGCCAACAACCGCCACUUCUCCCGCGCCGUCGCCCUCCACGAGAUGAUCCCCGGCCACCGCCUCCAGCGCUUCGCCGAGCGCCGCCACAGCACCCACCGCGCCGCCCUCUUCUCCACGCCCUUCCUCACCGAGGGCUGGGCCACCUACUGGGAGCUCCUCCUCUGGGACCGCGGAGACUUCUUCGUCACGCCCGAGGACAGGGCGGGCACCAUGUUCUGGCGCAUGCACCGCUGCAUGCGCGUCGUCUUCUCCCUGCGCUUCCACCUCGGCGAGCUGACCCCGCGGCAGUGCGUCGACCUGCUAGUAGCAAAAGUAGGCCACGAGCGCGCUGCGGCCGAGGCCGAGGUGCGCCGCUCGCUCGAGGGCAGCCCGCUCGAGGGGGCGUACGGGCCGCUGUACCAGGCCGCGUACCUGCUCGGGGCGCUGCAGCUGCGGGAGCUGAGGAGGGUCGUGCUCGCGGAGGGGCGGAUGGGGGAGAGGGAGUUCCACGACGCGGUGCUGCGUGCCGGCGGGAUGCCGGUGGAGAUGAUCAAGGCGUUGCUGCUGGGGGAGGCGCUGUCUCCGAGGUAUCAGACAAGAUGGAGGUUUUACGAUUAG